AAGUACUUCCGCCCAUACGUACGUCAUCAAUACUGGCGGUAUUUUGAAAAGGAACUAGCCGUGAAGUUGACAGCUGUAUCUCAUCUAUCUGUGACUGUAUGAUAUAGUAAAAUAUUAUACGUUUUAAGAAAAUAAGCCAGCUAACUAUUUCAAAUAUGAGUUCGAACGAGGUAACGUUGCAACAGGAUAAUGGACAGCCACUGGACACAGAGUCAGAGGUCCAGGAUACUCCAGCACCACCUGCCAUUCCUUUCUACACAGAGUGCUCGGAAGCUGCACAGGCACAACUGUUUAACGAGUGUGAAGAGCAGUUUGCCCAGCUAGAGAUGCUUCAGAAUGAGAUCAUUCUCGCAGAGCCUGACUCAGAUGAAAACCCUCAAGAACAGUCUGUGAAUAGAUUGACAGCUGUAGCAGCUGAGCUGAAGCAGUGGCAGACAAGACGGCCAGAACUGUUGUCCACAAAUCCUGAGGUGUUACUCGUCGUUGGAGCAGAGGAGUUACAGAAGCUGAAUUCACAACUGGAGUUGGUCCUCUCUUGCUCACAAGCCAAGAGAGACACACUGAGAGAGACUUUAAAAAGUGAACAGAAGUGGUUGGAGGAAAAGAAGGAAGUGUUGAGGGCAGGCACUGAACAUGUGGUCAAACAGCGACUGGAAAAUGAAAGGUUAUCUGAACACAGUGUGUUGCAGGACACCAAGAAGAAGAUCCAGAAGAUGAAGGAUUACCAGAACAGACUGAUGGAGACCCUGGCAGACGUACUGGCGGAACACUUCCCACUUCCUACACAGGAGACCAACGCUGACAAGAAGAAAAAGAACAUUCCUCAAGAGCUGAACGAGAAUCUAAUUUCACUCAAUGAAGUCCUGGAGCUGCUGAUGAACACGACUCUGGAGACGCCUCACGAUCCCUACAUAUCGAUAGACGAGACGUUCUGGCCCCCGUACACAGAGAUGCUGCUGCGCCACGGCAUUGCACAGAGACACCCAGAGGACUGUUUCAAGAUCCGCCUGGAAACCUUUUAUUAACAGUAACUGGUCAGACAUCUUGGUUCUAGUUUUGUCAGCGUGUGUAGCAGCCUAGUCCCAGAUGUUUGUGCUGUCUUGCCGUCUCAUUGUCAUGCCAUCGAUCAUAAGCGUUGGUUAUACAGUACAAACAGGUCUGGCACCAGGCUAGGUGGAUGGUAAUAUCAUGAGUAUGUAUUGCGAUGGUGGCUUGAUGGGUCACUGGUUUAUAGUGUUAUUUCCAGUAUGUUUCACAAUAGGUUAACCUUUUUGAAUGUUUUUUAAAAAUAUGUUACAUAGAUAUUUAUGUUGCUCUCUCUGGCUACUGGAACACAAUUUGAAUACUUUGGUGAAAUCUUACAUUGUUAUUAUGUAUAUGUUUCCAUGUAUCAAUGUAUGCCAGAUUUGUUCUUAAUAAAAGGAAAAAUCAACAAAA